GCUUCAUGCAGAGGCAGGAAGGAGGGCCGGGAGUGCAGGGCCACAGAGUGAAGCGAGUGAGCAAGUGAGUGAGUUGCUGGGGACCCGCACGCACUUGAACGCGAUGCUAUCGAUGCUCGGAAAUUCGUCUCCGACGAGGUUCGACGUCUUAAGGCGCUGUGAUUUAUUGCUGCAAGUGCUGAUGCUGUCUGGAUUUUGAGCGGAUGUGUGGGUCCAAGGUUGUAGUGUACAUGAAUUGGAGUGUUGUUUGUGAGCGUGGAGAUGGAUUCUGGGGGCAGUGUGGAGCGGAUUUAGGGUUCGCGGGGAUGCGGGAGAUUUGUGGAGCAUCGGAUGUGUGGAUUGUUGGUUUGACGGGCGAUUCCGGUUCGCCUGGAGCUGGUUGCGCCUAUGCUCCUCGGCGACAGAGGUGUGCGGACUGGAAUUGGUUUCUCGGCCUUGGAACGGGUGUGCAAGGCAGCUGGCUUGGUUGAGGAGGCCAAGGAUUUAAGGUGUUUUGCUACAAAUGGUUUGUGGCGAGCAGUAGGUAGGGAGGGGUGGGGAAGGGCCUGGAUGCUGGAUCUUGGCGAUUGGAGGGUUUUUUGAAGUGCAGAGGCGGUCGGGGUGCUUGGUGCAGCCGGAAUUGAGAGCGCUGGUUUUGGGGUUGCGGGGGACGGAUUGGGAAGGGCGGAGAGAAAUGGCGUGGAUUUAGGGUUAGAGGAGGUGGAUACUCGUGAACAGGGAAGGAGAAGGGGAGUGCCAUGGCGGAGGCAGCGCCUCUGGGGUCUGUGGACUUCUCCGUGCUGGUGCGAAAAGCCGCAGAAGCAUCCGUUUCCGGGCUGAAGGAGCUGACUGAGACUGCUCCCGAGCUGUCCGACACGGAGAAGAAGAUCGGGCUCCUGAAGUACAUCGUCAAAACGCGACAGCGCCUGCUGCGCAUUGCGGUUCUUACGAAAUGGUGUCGCCAGAUUCCUUUGGUGGAGCGGUGUCAGCAGCUGUCUGGUACGCUGUCCAACCACAACAUGAGCUUCACCCAGGCAGCGGACUUUCUGUUCUAUUUGCAUGAAACGUUGCAACAAGCGCGUGCGCCGGUGUAUGACAUACCUACUGCAACGGAGAUUUUGGUGGCUGGAACGUACAACAGGCUGCCGAAAUGCAUAGAGGAUCUGGGAAUGCAACCUGUGCUGAUCGGAGAAGAGAGAGGGGGCGCCGUCAAGAAACUUAACAGCGUUCUUCGGACCCGGCUGCUGGACAUCGAACUGCCAAAACAGAUCACGGACAUCAAGGUGAGGGGCGGGCGGGUGAUAUUCAAGGUGGCGGGGGAGUUCGAAGCCCACCUGACGCUGGGAUAUCGUGGUCACCUAUCGUACUGGAGGGUUCUGAAGAUAGACAUUCUGGUGGGGGAGCCGUCGGGGCCGACACAGUUCACGGAUCCUCAAGCGUACUUUCUGGGCGACGAGUUGGAGCGACGCAUGGCAGCGUCGGAUGACCCGCUAGGGCUGAUGUAUUCCAUCCUGCACCAGUUUUGCACUGCUCUGGUGAUGGACACCCUGUUCCGGCAGAUCAAAGCGUUGUUGGUUGGCAGAUGGCGAGACGCAAUCAAGUACGAGAAGUUGUCGGAAACGGGUGGUGGGAGUGGCCCAGCUGCGGGGCAGGCAAGUGCAGGACAAGGGAUGGGUGGUGUUGGAGAGUUGGACGUGGAGUCGGGAAGUGCAGCAAAAGUGAGAGGGUCUCCAGGUCUGAAGAUCAUGUAUUGGUUGGAAACACAGAGGGGGGAGGUCCCUCCGAGCCUGAGAAUUGAGCACGGUGCAGAUCAGCAGAUAAGGUGUUCACAUUCGCCGGCCGUGAUGGACUCCGCGACGGGCAUGGAGGCGGAGUUUGCGGUGGAUUCGAGCUGUAUCAAUGUGGAGAAGCUGCUGCUGCGGGCUAUCUCGUGCAGCGUACACACACGACUGCUGGAGGUUCAGCGAGGUCUAAAAGGGGGCGUGCAUUUGUGGCAAUCCGACAACGACGUGGUUUUGAGGCGUUCGAUACCGGACGAACUGGAAAGCUCGUGCGAGGCGAGUGGUGAAGAGGAGAAUAUGGAGGAGGCUGGGGAGGAAGUUCUGUGCGUUCGUGCGUUCGGGGUGUCGCACAUGACGCUGGGAAUCAGCAUCAGGAAUGGGCGGUUCUUGCUGCGCUGUCCAAGCACGGUGCUUGCCGCACCGAUGGUGAAGGAAAUGGAAGAUGCGCUGAACCUGGGGAGUGUGCAGGCUCUGGAUAUCUUCAUGAAGCUGCGCACGAAAUGUCUGGUGCACUACUUUGGGCUGAUAGGGAAGUCGUUGAACCUAAAGCUGUACGAGAGAGGUGCAUCAUCUGUGAAAGUACCCGCGGAGGGGCCAAAACUUGGAGGCGACGUGCUGAUAAUGGGGUUUCCGGAUUGUGACGAGUCGUUUUUUCUAUGUGUGCAACUGGACGCGAACUUUACGCCUCUGUUCACCCUGCUAGAAGCUGAGUCGCAGUCAUCGUCGGGACAUGCGAGCCUGGCAUCGAGCGCGUUCAACAUUAGUCGGUGGAUGAGAAUCGACAUUGAAGCGAUGCCAAUCCUGCGCGAGGAUACUGGGUUCAGCCUGCUGGAGCAGAGCGGGAGCGAGGCCAGGGAGGGUUGUGGCAGCAUGGUGGUGAAGAGAGUGGAGGAGGAAGGAUACAGUAAGUUGGGCAUCCCUCCUGUGCCGAAAGGUCCGAGCAGAGGGGGUGGAUUGGGACUGGAUGGCGGACAGUCAGGGUUAGAUCAGUAUUACGGGGGGGGCGGAGUGAGUCACAAGGGGAACAUGUUGACGGUGCAUUCUCCGUCGAAUCUGCAGGGGGGGUCGCCAAUGCAGCAUGCAGGUUCUCCUUUGCAACACGGGAAUGUUGGAUACGGCGUGAACGCGGGGCCGAGCAUGGUGAGUCCUUCGAUGUCGAGCGGCGGGUAUCACCAGGGGAAGUCUUUGGGAGGAAGUCCUGCUUUUGGAGAUGGGAGCCACAGGCUGGGUCGAGCAGGGAUGGUGAACGGUGCGUCACCCCACAACAUGACAGGGGUGAGCCCGCUGCGGAGUCCGAUGGACGUUCGGAACCAGAUGUCGCAUCGAAAGUCGCCUCUGCAGAGUGCGAGCGAGCAGGAGCCAGGGAAUACGAGAUCGCCUGUAGCGGUGGGGGAUAAUGCGACGUCGCCUAUCGAGUUGGACGACGAGCACAUCACGAAGUUGAUCGACUCGAUAUCUUCGAAGACUCCCGGUUCGUUUGCAACGACGGACUCGCCGUCGCGGCAGGGCAGGCACGUUCCUCAAGCAAGGGGUGGAAUAGGGGCUCCGACCUCGAGACCUUUGAUCGGCAAAGCGGGGUCUCCAUCUGGUUCACAGCUUGUGCGAGCAUCGGGUCUGUUACAGGCGAGUUCGCCUGGAUGGAAGUCAACCAUGUCUCCGUCGGGUCCGUACAUGACAGAUUCGGGGUGUCCGGGCCAGGAUGUUGAGCAGCAAGGAAGGCUAGGAGGUGGGUCCGACAAGUCACCAGCGCAGAAAAGCGAACGGAAGCGGUCGAUCACGGAUCUGUUCAACUCGAUGUCGUCGGUACAGGCGUUGGCAACGAGCGGGCAGAGAGGGAAACGGCGGAGGACAGGGCUUGAGAUGGUCCCAGUUCCAGCGUACCAGGCAGCGUCUCAUGUGGGUGUUGGCAGCACGGCUGUGUCUCAGUCGGUUUUGGGUCAGUCUUAUGGGCUUGUUGUUCGAGCAGCCAACCAGGGGAAGGCUUCUGCGGGUGCUUACCGCGCGGUUUUCCAGCAAGUGGAAGAGCGGUGUAGGUUGUGCAUAAAGCAUGCUCGGUUGACUCGGCAGAUGGAUGCGCAAGGGAUACCCUACGUGAACGAGGUUGGGCUGCGGGAGCCGUCGACGGUUCUGCGGUUCAGGCUUCCAGGCACUGUGCCAAGCGGAGAUCCAAGGACGAGGCCGAGCAGAAGCGACGGCUCGUAUGGGUGGCAGCAGAUGGGCUUGUGCCUAGGCAAGCCCGGGAGCGAAGGAUGGGAAGUGAAGGUCAUGGACGCGUAUUUCAGCGGGCUGUGGAAACUGCAGAAGCAAAGCGAGGGGGUGGGUGGGACGGGAGAACAGUUUGCGAGUCCGCCGCAGGAUGAUUCUCAUAUGCAGUGCACGCAGGAGGGGUUGGUUCUGAAGUAUUCGACGGUGCAAGACGACAGCGUGACGAAACUGGUGAAAGAUCUGGAACGGAUAUGGCGGGCGCGGGCGUUUGCGGUAGGGAUUCGGAAGCUGUUGGGAAGCAGAGAAGAGCAGAAGAAGCGAGGGAGCGAGCAGUGGGGCAAGUCUCAGGGCAGGGGUGGGAGUGUGGGAGACACAGGUGAAGCGGAGGAGAAGAAGUGGGAGAUAAUGCGGCGGGCGUUCAGGGUGGAGGCGGUGGGGCUGACGAGCGUGUCAUUCACGUACGUAGGUACGACGCCAGGCAUAAUGGCUCGGUUUGUUGUGGAGUGGGGAACGAGCCGACGGGGUUGCACCAUGCACUCACCCGAGCAGCUGUGGCCACACACGAAGUUACGGACGAAAUGGUUUUCUCUAGCUGGAAGAAAGUUGUGGAGUGCACAUAGGCAGAUGAGGAUGUUUUUGGAGGAUUACAUCAAUGGUGGAGAGGUAGAGCUUUUGUUGGAUGCUAUCCAGGUGACAGCAGGGCCUUUGCACGCACUGGCUGCAGCUAUUCGGCCCGCGAGGAUGGCCGCGCCAGCUUCCGGGUCAAGUCAUCGGCCUUCGUCACCGAGCCCAGGCACAGGCAUGGCGGCGAGGGCCGGAGCCAGCCCAGCGGGGUCUGGGAUGAGUUCGUACGGUAGCGGUGGUGCAGGGCAGGGGCAGGGACAGGGGCAAGGGGCGGGCGCGAAUGGGAGCGUGAACUACGGGAUGAACAGCAACGGAGGUCCGGGGACUCCUCAGGGAGGGAUGCCUUCGAACAGCGGGAGAAAUCCUGGGCCGGGUUUGGUUCCGAGCUCGCUAUUGCCGACGGACGUGUCGGUGCUGCUGCGGUCGGCGUACUGGAUACGGAUCGUGUACCGGCGAGAUUUUGCAAUCGACAUGCGGUGCUUCGCCGGUGACCAGGUGUGGCUGCAGCCGGCGCCGCCUCCUCGGAGCGGAGGCAAGGGGGGUGGGGGGUCGUUGCCGUGCCCGCAGUUUCGGACUUUCGUGGUGGAGCACGUGACGUUGGGGAUGAGCAGCAGCGUAGACAGCGUUGGGGGAGGGGCCACGGGGUUGAGCUCGCCCAGCACCGGGGCGAACAGCGGGGCUCGGCAGGCGGGAGGUGGAGUGGGGCGUGCAGGAAACAGCGUGGGGAGCACGAUCGCGGCGAUGCAGGGGGGCUCGGGGUUGGGCGGAGGCAGUAGAAGCACAGCGACGGGGUCAGGGGUGGGAGGUGCGAUAUCGAUUCGCGCGGAGUUGAAUCCAGCCUUGGUCGGGAUGGGCGACGAUGGCGGCUAUGGAGGUGCGUGGGUACCACUGGCAGCCCUGAAGAAGGUACUGCGAGGAACGCUGCGGUACCUAGGCGGACUGUGGUUGUUCGCACAGUUCCCAGGCAUACUAAGGGAGGUGCUGGCAUCGACGCUGAACCAGAACGAGGGUGCGCUGCUGAAUCACGAUCCAGAGCAACCGGCUUUGAGGUUCUUCAUCAGGGGGUGCGUGUUCGCAGUGAGCAUGCAUCGGCAGCAGCUGUUUUUGCAGGCCAUCAAUGUGAACCGUUACAAACAACAGCAAGCAGCCGCAGCGCACCAGCAAGUGGCACCUGUGAUGAACAUGGCAGUGGAGCUGUCACUGGGAGAAAUGCAAGACAUAGGGGACUUUUUUGCGCGGAGGGUGGCGUCAGAGCCAUACGAUGCGUCUCGGUUAGCGUCGUUUGUGACGAUGUUGACGCUACCGGUACCCGUGCUGCGGGAGUUCCUGAUCCUGAUUCAGUGGAAGGUGGCGACGACCAGAGCAAAUGGAGGGCCUGGUGGGGAUGCAAGUGGUCAAGGGGCGUCCCCUCGUCCACAAGUGGAGCUGAGCCUGGAAUCACAAGGCGGUGGUGGAGGAGGAGGAGAAAAGGGCAACUCACAGCAAGAUGAGUCCGGCGUGGGUGGUGGGUCGCAGGGUAGAAGCAGCAUCACGCACAACCACCAUCGGAACACGGUGGAGUUCACGCUGACGUUCACAUUUGACGCGUCGUCGCUACCACAGUUGAACGUGGCGGGCGGAGCAGGGUGGUUGCCGCAGUCAGUGGCUUUGCGACUAGCGUACGCGUACGGGGAAGGGGUGAAUCGGAUCUCGUUGUCGAGUAUGGACGGAAGCCAUGGGGGCCGGUCUUGCUGGGCCCGGGCGGAGGAAUGGGAGAGGUGCAAAGAGGGGGUAAUGCGUGCGGUUCAGGUGGCGCCCGGAGAGGGUCGAGGACGUCUUCGAGCUUUGGCGGAGCAAGUCCAAAUGGCAUUGCAAACCGCACUGACGCAGAUCGGGAGAGGCGCAGGUCAAUAGCAGCACGUUCUGUUGUGAAGCGGGCAUAGCAGGAGGGGUGGGCGUGGGGUUGAAUUGAGCAGAGAAGUGGGAUUGGGAGGGGAUGGCUUGAGGUUGGGUAUCAUGAAUGCUUCAGGGCGUCCGGGAGGAGCUGUGCUUGAAGAGUGAUGAUUGAUGACCCAGCGACGAAUUAAGGUUGCUAGGGAGGAAGGGCGGAGAUGCGGUGGGAAGUGGACGGACUGUGUUGGCGGUGUGUUGCGAGGGGACGUGAAGGGUCGAGGGAGUGGGAAGUUGGACCACGAGUUGUAAUCUGGAGUGUGAGAAGAGCAUGAGUUGCACAAGUCGUAGGCUGCGAGUUAUAAACAGGCAUAGAUUGGAUUAGGCGGGUGAUGAACUGGACAGUGGUGACAUAUGUCGUGUAUAAAUCAUGGUUUGGAAGGAAGGUUUCAGUACAUUAUUUUACAUGUCGGGUUGGACAUGGUGAUCGAUUUGAUGGGAAAUCAGAACUGGAGUUCGUGCAA